AUGACUCCGCCGUGUGUUACUUUUGACGUGUCGGAAUUACCACGGCACGUUCAAGCAGACCUCAAAGGCAAAAAACGCAAGCUUGAAGGUGGCGCUGAUGUCGACUUGUCCAAGUGCGUGCUGAGAGCGAUGACGCAGUUUAGGUGCAUCGUCCAAAAUCCCGAGGUCAGAGAUAGCCCCGUCGGGUGUUGGCCCAUCCAACGGUUUUUCCGCCAAUGCCAGGACAAGAAAGGAACUUUCACAGUUGAGACCACGGCCUGGGAGGGACUGAACACUAAGACUGUACAUAGAGCCAACAUUAACGGUAGUCCGGAUGGCGGAGAUGGAAAACUCGGCGCGAGCAAGACGACGGACAAAAAUGGCAACCGAGAAAACCAUCACCAAUGGUCACAGGCAUGGGAGGAGCAAUGA